GAGGUAGGACACUUCCUUCGACUUCAACACUGGCACUCUGAGGCAGGGCAGCUCUGUACAAACUGUGCCAUGUCCGGGCUGUCAGCUGCCAGUACCUUAGCAACAUGGAGGUCUUGGCGGAUACAGAACAAAUGGUCUGUGCUCCCACUGUAUGGAAGCUUGGACCCCCAAAGCGCAGCUCACCUCUUUCCAGUCCUCCACCGAGUUGGGCAGUCGUCUCCUUGGCGUGUACAGUCCAGUAACAACUCCAUCACCUUCUGUUGUUCAACAUCUCAUAACAUCUUGCUUCCUUUUUUCGUCACUCAUUUGGUAACAUAGCAACACUAAUACCAGCACCAUGUUGUUCUUCAGCUUCUUCAAAACCCUCAUCGACCACGAGGUCACGGUCGAGCUCAAGAACGACAUCCAGAUUCGGGGCGUGCUCAAGAGCGUCGACCAGUUCCUCAACAUCAAGCUCGACAACAUCCAGGUCGUCGAAGAGCUCAAGUACCCGCACCUGAGCGCCGUCAAGAACGUGUUCAUCCGCGGGUCCGUGGUCCGUUACGUCCACUUGCCUCAGGAGAGCGUGGACAUUCAGUUGUUGGAGGAUGCUACGAGGAGAGAGGCGGCAAACCAGGCUACUAAGGCUAAGCAGGGUUGAGUGUGAGAGAGGGGAAGGGGGGAAUAUCAUCUAGAACCAUUACACGGAAAACACACCGGGAAAUCAACCACAGUCUAAGGUUGUCACCACCGAUCUCGUUCAUCGACUGAAGCAAACGACGAUGUGGAAGAGAAAAGUCUUUGGCGGGUAUUUUUUGGAAUCAAGGUUACCUCUACAGAGAGAGGGCGGUGACCGGCGAAACCGCAAGGCAAGCGUGGCAAGCGUGAUGGAUCCGAGAGUGUCACAUAGGACGGAUACCAGAUGAGGAAUGAACGCGGUGAGGUGAACGAACAAACGAGUGAGGACAGUGUUGGUCCAUGUAUUACAACACAGACACAAUGUCCGGAUAAGCUUCCAAACAAACAGAGAUGCCAUGAUUACUGACGCCAACCUGAUCCAUCUAUAAACACUCCAACUCUUACGCAAACCACCACACAAACUACCAAUAAACCCCCCCACCACUCCCAUCCUUCCCAUCC